CAGCAACUUUGCUUUGUAACCACACACACACACGUAUUGCUCACGCCGGCUCCGGCAGAGUACACUGAAGCACAGUACCAUGGGAUCGAUGGGCAAUGUCCGAAUCCAGUCUCGCCGCAUGGUACGUCCGGAGCCAACGGCCUCGCGGCUGCCGGAGCCGGAGACGACCAUCCACCUGACGCCAUGGGAUCUCAAGCAUAUCACCGUGGAGCACAUCCAAAAGGGCGUCCUCCUGCCCAAGCCUCCCACCACCGGAGGGCACGUCGACGUGGAGCGUCUAGCUUCUUCCUUUGCGCGCGCCCUUGGCCGCUUCUACCCUUAUGCCGGACGACUCGCCGUCUCCGUCGCGCCUCACAGCCAGAGUCUCACCAUUUCGCUCCGCUGCAGCGGCGAGGGCGCCGAGUUCAUCCAGGCCGUGGCACCGGGCGUCACCGUCGCGGACGUCACCGCCUCGCUCGUCGUUCCGCGGGUGGUCUGGUCUUUCUUCCCGCUCGACACGCUGCUCGGUGCGGACGCCGCAGCGGGCACGCGCCCGGUCCUAGCGGCGCAGGUCACUGAGCUCGCCGACGGCGUCUUCAUCGCCCUCACGAUGAACCACGGCGUUGCAGAUGGGACGACAUUCUGGCACUUCUUCAACACCUGGUCCGAGCUAAGCCGUGCCGGCGACGAUGUCAUGAUCUCCACGCCGUUGCCGGUGUUCGACAGGAGUUUCCUCGGCAGCAGCUGCGCCGUCCCCAUCCCUCUACCCUUCGGGAAGCUGGAGGACGUCGUCGGCCAACGCGUACACGUGUUCCCGCCGGUGCAAGAAUGCUUCCUCCAUUUCUCCGCGGCAAGCGUAAAGGAGCUCAAGGCGAAAGCGAACGCCGAGGUGUCCAGCUCCGGCACCGAUAGCACCAUCUCCUCGCUGCAGGCAUUGCUCGCGCACCUGUGGCGCGCCGUGUGCCGAGCGCGGCAGCUCACGCCGGAGCAGGAGACAGCGUACAUUGUGCUUGUGGGAUUCCGUGGACGCGUUGGUGGCAUACCGGCAUCUUACGCAGGCAAUGCGGUGGGGAACGUCACUGCCAAGUCCACCGCCGGCGACAUCGUGGGCAAGGGCCUUGGCUGGGCGGCAUGGCUCCUGAAUCGAGCCGUGGCAUCAUGGGACGAAGCCAGCACUAGGGACAAGCUCGCGUCCUGGCCCCAGGAGCCUAGCUUCACUAGCCUGCCCGCGUUCGUGGCUGCCGUUCCCACGGGAACGUUCACCGGGAGCUCGCCGAGGUUUGACGUGUAUGGGAACGACUUCGGAUGGGGCGCGCCGGUGGCCGUGCGGAGCGGCUCGGGGAACAAGGUGGAUGGGAAGGUGACGGUGUAUGCAGGCCGAGGCGGUGGAGGGAGCAUGGCACUGGAGGUGUGCCUCGCUCCGGAGGCGCUCGCUAGGCUCGUCGCCGACGAGGAGUUCAUGAACGCAACCAGUACCGUUGAAUAAUGACUUACCGUGUCUCUCUUUUAGAUCAGUCAUCUACGUAGAUGGUUCAAGGUUCUAGCGAGCAAGCAACAUUAGUGCAAAGCCAAGUUCACUAGUCUUGCAGGUCAGCUGCAUGGGCGCUGGAGGUACGAAUCUGAGGCUGAUAUGCAUUAAAACCGGACGGAGCGUGUGGUUGCCCAGCAUACCUCGUUGUUACUGCUGCGAACCUAUUCAAGAAUGGCAAGUGAUCCUCGGAUUUCUGAUGCCUCUCAAGCCUACCAGAAUUUAGCUGCUACUGCUAGAAAAUUGCCUUCACUCAGCCUGUUUGUUUUCUCUUCCAUUGCUUCCCCUAUUCGGAAUAAGUAUUCAGUGAACUAGUAGUAGCCAACGCCAUAUUUGGGUCUGCUAUCUUUUAUAGCUUGGUUUGGGUAACAUGUCGCGGGUACAACACAAGAUUAUUAUUUCUCUGUCGUGGCCAUGGACGGGGGAGCCAGGGAGCAUGUGGCUCAUCUGAGAAAGAUAAAUACACAUGGUACCGGUUAAACGGUUAAGGGUAGUUGGUAGUAAUAGUUACUUUGGAAAUGCCACAUGCCCACGUCCGGCCAUAACUCUUAGGGCAUAAUGUGCUUUCCAUGCCCUGUUGGGUCAUCGUGAAGUCGGAGUUGCCGUGGAGGGGCCUUGGUGGUGACGAUGUCAUGAGAUGGAUGGCCUGGUGCGGGGCUGUUGGUUGGCGUGAGCUCUAUUUUUUCUGUUACAAAGUUCAUCACUAGAGUCAGAGUUGUCCGGUCGCUAGCAUUGGUGGCCGACUAUUUGGUAUGGAUCGUCAUGGGUUAGGGUACUAGCAUCUGUUGAAGCGACAACUUCGACGGUGGUUGUCUAUAGGGUGAAGUCAGGAGUCGUUGGCUCGUGAAGGACUGAAAACGAUGGCGCUGAAUGGCAACCUCGACGAUUGUCUUCUUUUUUCGAUGGUGUGUGCGGGGUUGUGUGCUUCAUGUGGGUAGCCAGGUUGUCUUGUGUGGCCCGGUUUGUGGGCAUCUGUGCUGGCUUUCGUCUGUUUUUUCUGUUUGUUAAGGGAUAAUUCUUUAAUUUUUUAUUAAUAAGAUGAGGUAAAGAUUAUGUCUCCA